AUGAGGCUCAUCAUCAUCGGGGACGAGUCGGUGUAUGAGCACGAAGUGGAUCCGUCCAUGGAGGUCCAGGACGUGAUCGCGUUGAUCGAGGCUGAAACAGGUCUCUCAGCGGAUCAAGUCCUCUUGUCGACUGACACCGGAACGCCACUCAUAUCAUCCAACAAGAGCUUGGAGAGCUAUGGUCUGAAAGGCGGGGACGCUACUAUUUACCUCACAGUCGGUCCCCGCGCAAGUUCAUCCCAGCUUCCUCGCGGCGGUGGCGGACCAGUCAACGAGGAUGCAGAGUAUGAGCGGAUGAGGCUGCAGAUGCUGGGUGAUCCGGCCAUCAUGUCGCAAGUCCAGAGAGAACUUCCGGAUCUUCAUCGAGCCAUCCAGGCUGGAGGAGCGCAGUUCAAGGCGGCGGUCCUGGCGCAGAGGUCACAAGUGCAAGACUCAGCUGCGGAGAAGGAGCGGCAGAUCGAGUUGCUCAACUCUGACCCAUAUGACAUUGAGGCACAGAAGAAGAUCGAAGAAGCGAUCAGACGAGAACGGGUUCUCGAGAACAUGGAGCACGCAUGGGACUAUGCUCCAGAAACAUUCGCCAAUGUCACCAUGCUGUAUAUCAACGUCGAGGUCAACGGGCAUAAGGUCAAGGCUUUCGUGGAUUCCGGCGCUCAGCGGACUAUCAGUGAGAUUAUGCGACUCCUGGAUGAACGCUUUGCUGGCGUUGCUGUCGGUGUAGGAACAGGCAAGAUUCUCGGCCGGGUCCACUCGGCCCAGAUCAAGCUAGGCGAGCUGCAUCUUCCGUGCUCUUUCACUGUGCUUGAGGGGAAGAGCGUGGAGCUCCUCUUCGGUCUCGACAUGCUAAAACGAUAUCAAUGCAGUAUCGACCUCGCGGCCAACGUCCUCCGAAUCCAACAAACCGAAGUCCCUUUCUUGCCAGACCACGAACUGCCCCAGGACGGGCUGCAGCAGGAGAUCCAGGCGGCCCAGGACGAAGCCGAGGUGAAAUCUGGACCGUCCCAAGCUUCCGGAUCAGGAUCAGGAUCGGCCGCUGCGGGUCCGUCCAGCGCAUCCGGAUCGCAGUUCCCGGGGUCCGGCAAUGUCAUCGGGAGCACACCGUCUGCGGUUGCCGCGUCUGGGUUUGGCGGAGCCGCUCAGGGCGGUGCGCCGAGGGCGCCGGUAGGGGCGCAAGAUGCCGCGCGGGCUGGCAAGGUCCAAGAGGACGAUGUUCAGACCCUCAUGGGACUCGGGGCGGAGCGACAGCAGGCCAUCUCGCUACUCGAGGCGGCAGGCGGGAAUGUGGAUUACGCGGCGUCGAUGCUGUUCGGCGGAGGUGGCGGUGGGGCUCAGUGGCCAUAG